AUGGCUUCGAUUGCGCGCCAGUCCCUCCUUUCCAGGCACUCUUGUCUGUCUGCCUUCCGGUCGCCCUUGGUGAACAGGAACGUGUCGCAGGUUGUGGCUUUCCAUGCUUCUGCGAAGAAGCAGAUUCUACCUCCUCAGCCUCAGGUCAUUCGGGGAACAAUGAACGACCCUGCUCCUAUUCCCAAGCCUCACCCUUCGGAGGGUAGCUACCACUGGACAUUCGAGAGACUCAUCUCCGUCGGACUGAUCCCUCUGACCAUCGCUCCCUUCGCUGCCGGCUCUCUGAACCCUGUCAUGGACUCUGUCCUCUGUACCCUGCUGGUACUCCACUCUCACAUUGGUUUCCAUGCCUCUAUCAUCGACUACUUCCCCAAGCGCCGCGUCCCUAAGACCAAGACGUUCAUGAACUGGCUGCUGCGUGCUUUCACUGUUACCACGGCCGUCGGUCUGUACGAAUUCGAGACAAACGAUGUUGGUAUCACAGAGGCCAUCAAGCGGGUGUGGAAGGCAUAG